AUGAAGCGGACUACGCAGCUGCCAGACCCCAAAUUGUACACAAUUGGCUGGAUCACUGCACUCGAAAAGGAGUUGACGGUAGCAAUUGCUGUUCUUGACGAAAAGCACGAAAAGCCGCUCAACUUCACGAAACAUGCAAAAGACACAAACUCCUACGCAUGGGGCCGCAUCGGAGAACACAAUAUCGUUAUUACCUCGUUAGCUGCGGGUAGGUAUGGUACAGUAUCCGCAGCGACGACGGCAGGGAGCAUGAUGAGCUCUCUUCCGCAUCUUCGAUUUGGCCUCAUGGUCGGCAUUGGCGCAGGUAUUCCCAGACCAAAUCGUGACAUCCGCCUCGGGGAUGUCGUCGUCAGUCAUCCUGCUGGCACGAGCGGUGGCGUGAUUCAAUAUGAUAUGGGGAAACUGAGAAGUAGUGAGACGUUUGAGCGAGUUGGUCAGCUCGAUGCCCCUCCCGAAGUCCUGCUCAAAAGGUUGCAAUUCCUAAGGGCAGCGCAUCGCUUGCAGGGAUCUCGAAUACCCAGUAUCCUGAAAGAAAUGACCGACGAGUAUCCGAAAUUGUGUGAAGAGCAAGAUGGAGAUGCUGCAUUUGUCUAUCAGGGGAGUCACAAUGACAGACUGUUUGAAGUGACCACUGUCCACAGAAAUGUUCCAGUCGCUGACAAUGAAGGCCGCGAACAGGGCAGGAUAUGUGCACAAUGUGACGAUACUGAAGAAAUCCGACGGAAAGACCGACGGCCUCAGCCUCUCGUCCACUAUGGUGUCAUCGCCUCGGGGAACUGCGUCGUGAAGGACGGUAUAUCCCGUGAUGUUAUUCUGCAGCGCUUGGAAAAGGUGUGCAUCUGCUUCGAGAUGGAAGCGGCGGGUCUCAUGAACAACAUUCCUUGUCUAGUCAUCCGAGGGAUUUGUGACUAUGCCGACACACACAAGAAUGACCAGUGGCAGAACUACGCAGCCGCCACGGCAGCCGCAUUCGCCAAGGAAUUGCUGGAAGACCUGGAUGCGGUGGAUGUCGAGAGAACGCCUGAAAUGCAAGAAACCAUCAAAAAGCACAAUUUACCAGUCGAACAAGAAGUCGCUCAGAUGGCCUCUAUAAAUAGAGAAACCCAUAACACCGUUCAGCAGUUAGAGACGAGUUGUCACUACCAAGAACUUGAGCACUGGCUCUCCCCCCCAAACCCAUCAACGAACUACAAUACGGCAAUAAAGCUACGCCAUGAGGGAUCAUGCCAAUGGCUUCUCAAUAGCGAAAGAUACAGAGAUUGGAAACAAAAAGGCGAAAGCACUUUCUUGUGGCUUUAUGGCAUCCCCGGAUGCGGUAAGACGGUUCUCGCUUCCACCGUCAUCCACGAGCUGCAACGAGAUGAAAGUGCUCGUACCAUUCUCUACUUCUACUUUGAUUUUUCGGAUGUGAAUAAGCAGUCUUUUGAGAAGUCACUUCAUUCGCUUGUUGUCCAACUCUAUCACAAGAACGAGAAUGCCCGAGUCCACUUGGACGCAUUGUACAAGUCCCAUGAUAAAGGGAAACGUCAGCCAAGCAUUCAUCUGCUAUGUGAGACAUUGCAGAAGAUGAUCCGGCAGACUGAUAAUGUCUACAUCGUUUUCGAUGCGCUUGAUGAAUGCCGGACGCGAAACAGAUCUGUGAAUGAAGAUCUGUUGACCUGGAUGAAGGCGUUGGUUCAGCCACAGCGCACAAAACUUCGCCUCCUCGUGACAAGCCGGCCUGAACAGGAGAUUGAGUCUGCAAUCAAGGACUGGGCAGGUGAUCGAGAUAUCCUCCCUAUCCAGAGUGACUUGGUUGCCAAAGACAUACGUGAUUAUAUCCACACGGGAGUACAUCAGAAUAAAGGUCUUGAAAGGUGGCGGUCGCGGCCAGACGUGCAAGCAAAGAUUGAAGCCGUGCUGAAUGAGAAAGCUAAUGGAAUGUUUCGCUGGGUCACUUGCCAGCUCGAUGGGCUUGUUCAGUGUCUUAACCUAUCCGUCUUGGAAAAAGAGCUAGCGUCUCUGCCAAAAACUCUGGACGAGACGUAUGCUCGAAUUCUGAGCAACUUGCCCGAUGCAUAUGCCCCUGACACAAGGCGAAUUUUGCAGUUCCUUACGUUCUCUGAACGACCACUACUUAUUGAGGAGGCCGUUGACGCGAUUGCUGUGGACUUAGACCACAAACCUCAUUUUAACCACGGCAAUAGAAUGCCCGUUCCUCUGGAGAUAGCAAGAUUCUGCUCUAGCCUUGUUGUCUUGAGUAAGAAUAUAUUAGAAGGGGGACAGGUCGUGAAGGAGUUGAAGCUUGCGCAUUUCUCUGUGCAGGAAUACCUCAUGUCUGACAGACUACACCCAGGCAUCGCUAUGUACUUGGGGGAAGUUGCUGCCAAGGUUUCCAUCACACAAGUUUGCCUUGCGUAUCUGCUCGAGCUGGAUCAAGGUCUUUCGAAGACGGCCCUUCAACGGUUAUUCCCCAUGGCUCAUUAUGCGGCGAGCUAUUGGGUGGAUCAUGCUGUGGUAGCUGAACAACACAGUGCAGAAGUCCGCGCGCUAAUAGAGGAAUUUUCCUCGUGUGGAAAUGCGAGGGCGAGCUGCUAUCAGCUACACGACCCUGAUUAUCCACAGGUGUCACAACCUCGUAAUGAGAACAACCAUAUCGCCUCAGCUUUAUACUACAUGUCACUGGGUGGGCUAUACUACUCCGCUCAGAAGAUGCUCCGUAAAGGUGUCGACGUCAACGCUAGGGGAGGAAGAUACGGCAAUGCCCUUCAGGCUGCUUCAUGGGGAGGACACGAGAAGAUUGUAAAGAUGUUGCUGGAAAAUGGCGCCAACAUUCACGCGCAAGGCGGGCAAUACUGCAACGCCCUCCAUGCUGCUUCAAUUCAAGGGCAUGACAGGAUCGUGGAGAUGCUGCUGGAUAACGGCGCCGAUGUCAAUGCACGAGAUGUGAGUUGGCAAUCUGCCUUGCAUCACUCAGUAACAACAAGCGCUGCGAGUUGUUGCCGUCUGUUGCUUAGUCGCGGCGCGGAGAUGGAUACAGAUAUCGACAAUAUGACACCCUUCCAUCUUGCAGUCUCGAAAAAUGACGAGGACAUAGUCAAAGUCUUGCUGGAUGCUCAAUGCCGGGUUGAUGUGCGGGCAAGAAGGAGGAUUUGGCGUCAAUCUCACCGAGACAACAGGCUCACUUACAGCCCAGGCAGGUACAUCGCGCAGUCCAAAAAUGUAUCCACAAAUGAAACCGGCCUAACGGCUUUGCAUUUUGCAACAUUGUCAGGAUCCUACAGAAUGACCAAGUUCUUACUUGACCGUCACGCUGAUCCAAAUGCCAAGUCAGAGCUCGGAGAAACGCCUCUCCAUCUGGCACUAAAGCAGGAUCUCUAUGGACCAAAGUAUCCCGAUUUUGUCGACCAUUGGACGGAUUCAAUCCACAGGGUUGAGGUGUCGGUCCAAAUGAUUCCGAUCGUUGAUGGUGAUGACAACGAUGACGAAUAUGGGGAAACAAAAGCUCUCGUGGAUGAGCAGAGGCUGUCCGUACUUAAACUUCUUUUGGCCCAUUCCGGCAUCGAUCCAAAUGCGCAAGACAGCAAGGGUGCCAGCCCUCUGCAUUGUGUAAGAUACGGGGAAGCCACGUCGCGAGUUGCCAUUGAUAUCCUCGUAAACAGAGGUGCUAAAAUUUCUCUACGAAACAACCGAGGACAAUCGCCAUUGCACCUGGCCUGUUUGAAUACAGAUAUUGAGGCUGUUGUCGCUCUGCUUGAGUACGGCGCGAGCGUCACCGAUGUCGAUACUGAUGGUCUCAAUGCUCUCCAUUAUGCGUCACAAGGUGGGAAUCGGAACGUACUCCAGUACAUGCUUCAGGCACUUCAAGAUAACAACUUGGAAGCUGUUAUUUCAUCCACAGACAGCCAGAAACGCAAUGUGCUGCAUCAUUUGGUCAAGAGGGACAUCUGCGUUGAUCCAGGCGCUUUGAAUCUUCUCUGUCAGGAACAAGUAAGCGCCGCAGAUCUUGACAAUGAAGGCAUGUCUCCUAUUGCUAUCUACCUGAGCCAGUUUUCUUUCUGUUGGGAUGAUGAGAAGCUUCAAGUUGUGAGCAAGCUAUUUGAACAAGGUGCAGAUCCGCUGCAAACCUUGGGAAGUAAAAAGAUCGGGUUGGGGCAUUUGGCCGCCAAAUCUCCUGGUGUUAAUGUGGAACUCCUACGCACGUUAUCCGAAUUCGGCGUGGACCUUCAUCUCAAAGAUGCAAAUGAUGGUACAAUUUUACACUCCAUUGCAGCAUCAGGCUUUCUCACUUUGCCUGUCUUGCGGUUCUUGCAGAAUGAGAUUGGAUUACCCAUUGCAGGUAAGGAUGCUCGAGAUAUGACACCACGCGAUCUUGCGACUUUGCGGAGUCUUGAGAAACAUGAUCCGCAUGUGUAUGACUCGGGCCGUUGGCUUCGGACGAAAGAUAUGUUACUUGGCGCGGAGUCUACCUGA